AUGGCUGUAAUUGGGAAGUCAUUGUAUGACAUACAUGGGGGACUCAUUCAUGAUGGGAAGUAUGGGAUAUUCCCAUUUACUGUGAAAGAGGUGGUAAAGAAAUCAAGCAAAAACAGAGCAGUAGGCACUUUGGUCACCAAGGCACUCCAGAAUGCGAAUAGAGAUGUUAUUAGGGAGAUGCUACUCACAAAAGUCAUUCCAGCUAUUCAAUCUAAAUGGCCAGAAACCCUCCCCAAAAAUGUUAUCAUACAAUGGGACAAUGCAAGGCCUCAUCAAGUCCCCCAAGAUGAAGAGUUCAUGGCAGCAACUAGGGCAAAUGGGUUCAAUAUUGAACUUGUAUUCCAACCAGCACAGUCACCUGAUCUAACUGUGUUGGAUCUAGGCUUAUUUAGGUCAAUGCAAUCACUGCAAUAUCAAUCUUUCCCUAAGGACUUAGAUGAGCUAGUUGAAAAGGUUAUUGAGUGUUAUAACACAUUCAAGCCCCAAGUGAACAAGUACAUUUGGGUGACAUUACAAAGAUGCAUGAUCAAAAUUCUGAAGGCACAAGGUGGAAACAAGUACAAAAUACCUCAUAUGAAUAAGAAGAAACUUGAAAAUUUGGGAAUUCUCCCAGAUCAAGUGACAGUAAGGAAGGAAGUAGUAGUGGACACUGUGGAUUACCUAGACAGUAUGUUUAGGCCAUCCAGUCAAGUUUAA